UGACCCUCUACCGGCAUCUGAUCAACUACAGAAUCACUAUGUCUGGACGUGGCAAAGGAGGCAAGGGACUCGGAAAGGGAGGCGCUAAGCGUCAUCGUAAGGUGUUGCGUGACAACAUCCAGGGCAUCACCAAGCCCGCCAUCCGUCGUCUGGCCCGCCGUGGUGGUGUCAAGCGUAUCUCUGGUCUCAUCUACGAGGAGACCCGUGGCGUCCUCAAGGUCUUCCUGGAGAACGUUAUCCGUGAUGCCGUCACCUACACCGAGCACGCUAAGCGCAAGACCGUCACCGCCAUGGAUGUGGUCUACGCUCUGAAACGCCAGGGCCGCACUCUGUACGGCUUCGGCGGCUAGACUACCUGACUCGCAAGAAAGAAAGAACCCGGCCCUUUUCAGGGCCACCCACAUCCCCCAAAAGAACUGUAUUGUUAACACAACUUUAGUGUAUUGUGAGGCCACCAACUUAAGAAUAAAUACCGGUCUGCAAACGCUAUAGUAAGCCUGCCUAAACGGCCCCUACACCUUAAUCACUAUAAUUAAGUUUUUAUGGAAAACGCCGAACUGACACUUUGAUCUUGUGACCGCUGUAGCUGAGAUAUAACAUUGCAGUAAUUAUGCAAGAAAGAAUUGCCUCAGAUUGUGAUCGCUGGAGAUGCCUGUAACCAGGCUUUUGUAGACUACGUAGGUUAUUGGACCAAAAGUUUGAAAUCUGUAUUCCUCUGGUCGACAUAUUUGGCGUACAUUAAAGCCUUUUUUGUGCAUUCAUACCUCU